AUGGACAAGGAGGUCGAGUUUGUCGAGCAAGGAGGCGAUCGUCAACGAUUACUCAACGCUGCAUCCUCACCUAUGGCCUUCGGCUAUGAGGAAGUCGCUUCUUCGCUCUUGCAUCCUGCAGAGCUGCCCCAGACCCACAACGAGCUCUCUGACGGCAGCGUCCGUGCGUCAAUGGCUCAUUACAACGUGUCCGGACAGCUCGGAAGCCCGUCAGAGCAUUUUCACAUGCAGAACGCAAGCAGCGUGUAUCGGAGGUCGAUGAAUGAGAACUUCAACAUCCAAGAGAAAGAAAUCGAUAGACUCGAGAAGAUCGGAGAAGGGGUAGUUGGAAACAUCUACAGGGGAAGAUGGAGGAUGCUUGACGUGGCCAUCAAGGAGCUCAAAGUCGACUAUGAGAAGGGCAGCAUUGCGCAUAGCGACCUGCUGAAGGAUUUCUCCAUGUGGUCACGAGUUCGUCAUCCCAACAUCUGCAUGUUCCUCGGGAUCGUGAUAAGUAGUGAAGUCCCCGCGAUUGUUUGCGAGAUGAUGGAAGGGGGAAGCAUGGAAACUUUCUUUGUGCAGAACAGGAAGAGGUACGGACGAGAUUGGAGGCCAAGCAGUCGCAAGGCCUUAUGCUACUUGCAUGAAUCGUCUCCUCCCAUUGUUCAUCGAGACAUAAAACCUGCGAACCUUCUGCUGUCUGCUGAUCACUCGUUCCUCAAGUUGACUGACUUUGGGUUGGCGCGGGUCAGACCGGGAGGAACGUACAACAUGUCGGGGAAGACAGGAACGAAAAGGUAUAUGGCGCCAGAAGUGGUGCGUUGCGAGGGAGACUAUGGAACGCCUGUGGACAUUUAUUCAGCAGGCAUGAUCAUGUGGCAAAUGUGUGCGGGUCAGAGACCGUUGGAGCACAUCUCAGCAGACGCCGUGGCAUGUCGAGCGUCCGACCCUCAGGAGAACCUGCGGCCGAGCAUGGAUCGGGUCAGAUGGAAGGAUAUGCAGUCUCUCAUAGUUAUGGUGAGAUGUGGAACGGCCAGCCCAUGGAGCGACCGACAGCUCGAGAAGUUCUGA